AUGGAGCCUGAGCCAGAGAAAAGAUGCGAUUGGACGACUGCUUCCUCCAAUUGGCGUCAGGAAUCCCUUAACAAUUCAUUGCGGAGAAACCGGAACUGGCUGGGUCGACGACCCACAAGCAGCAUUCAUCCAUUUCACCGCGACAGCCUCUUGGUAUACAACUGCAAAAGUCCAAAUGAUAAUAAUGGCUCCUGGGCAAACAACGGUAUUCUGGUGCCUUCACCCAUUCGUCCUCAGAUGUGCGCGACGCCGGCGCUUAUAUGUAAACCGCCAUCAACAUUGCAAUUUAAUUUGACGGGCGCGACCAUGAAAGAUGUUACCAACACGCGCUCUCCUUCCACAUCUGGCAAGGUGGCUGCAACCGCCUCUGCGGCAUCGCGAGUUUCCAACUCUACCAAUUUUGUGAACAUUCAAUCUACCUUUCAGACAAUUUCCCGAUCGGGGCUAAUCGCUCCUGUUGACAAUUCGGCCGCUUCUGAUGGUGUUUUCAUUGCGCGCUACACCGCUGGAGCACAGGGUGAUGACAGCUUCCUGGAUAACCAGGGUAUGAAUGAAUUUUUCAGUGGGAGUUGGGAUUUCUGGAGGAGCAACGUGAGCGAGAGUGAGUGUCAGUUAAUCAAGGGAAGCAGCUGCCCCAACGAUGACUCUGUGAUCGAUUUUGACGUGGCAAUGUCGUUUCAGCGCAGCGGUGCACGCAGAUGCCGAAAGACAGGGCCUGGCUUUGAUGCUGUGCCGCUGAAACCAUGCCUUUAUACACUGGCACCUUAG